AUGCUGUCGUUCAUCGAACAUCGCUUCGCACGAUUCGUAUUCCUUCGCGAACGUUCAUUGUCGCGUCAACGGGCGUUGUUCGGAUGCAUGCAUGCCUGCUCGGAUGCCAAGAACUUCAUUCCACCCAACGCGUCACCUACUGUGGAUGAGAGAGAAACACCACCGGCAGCAUGCAUAUAUGAGAGAACGGCUGAGAUAGGAAAGGGCGAGCCUGCAGCACCACACUCAUACCAGCAGAUAGAGCUACGCAGGAUACUGAUCACCAUGCCGAGCAAAGGGACGGCAAGUAGCUGGUUCAUUCGUGGCCUCCUCGUGGCAUUUUCCUGCCUCAUCGCAAGCUGCCUUUUCCUGUGGACAUCAUCGCCACCGACUGGUGGCACGUGGGAGGCCGCCAACGGAAAGAGCCCGUAUCAGGCCCACCAUCACCACCACCCCAGCGAGGAAGCCUAUCAUCAACCUCCGUCGUGGUCGACCUCCGGCGCUGCCGCUGCUUGUCCCGGUGCUGUCGAGGCUCCCGUAUCCGGGGACAACAUCGGCUGCCAGGGGGACAUCCAAGACGAAACUUCUUUGCAGCUGUUCGCCUGGAUGGCGACGUGCCUAUUGGCGUAUUUUCUGGGGCGAUGCGCGAAGCUCGGGUGGAUCAUGUUCGUGCUGAUGGUGCGGGCAAUGUGGGAGGCGAAGAGGAGGGAACGCCCCGAUCCACCCGCACCGGCGCUGGGCGACAAUGAUGUGGAGGGGGCCCCGGCAAAUCUCGUCGAGCCGGUACCGGGUGCUCUUGUGUUGGCAGCCAAUGACGUGGAGGAGCCCCCGGCAAAUCUCGCGGCGUCGGCGGUCUUCGGUUCCGCCCUUCCUCUCAGCCUGAGGCCUCCUGCUCCGUUGCCGGGCAGGAGCAUCAGUGCCCCAGAGCGGCUGAUCUCCACUCCCGGUUGUUGUCACCGCCGAGAAUGACACCAUCUCCGGAGAUGUCAGCCUCGCCGCCCUCGCCUCGGCAGCGCCCUCGUUCUCGGCUGCUUCGAGGGGAAGGGCCAGUGCCGUCGGGCACCAUCUCUCCUUCGAAGAAGAGUUCUGCGCCACGUUGUGAAGAAAUUGACGCAAAAGACCCUUCUGUGAGACCGCGGGCUGGAGCAAACGGCGCCACAAUUGCUGUGAACGCUGAUGAUUUGAAGUGAAGACGAAAGAAAAAAAACGAAAAAAAUAUGAAAACUGGACGCCAACUGAAGACACUAACCCUUUCUAGGUUUUGGUCAGCUCAAAUUCCGAGGUAGAAGUAUUUGUUGUUUUUGUUCGUGGCAUAAGCGCUGUGUUGACAAGCAUGGUCGAGGUCCGCCUUGAGUAUUUCGUCUUUGGGUAAAGAAGGAAGGAGGGGUGGGAUGUAAGUCGGGAAAAGACGGAACGUGGGGUGCUGGUUGCCGCUGGUCGCGGAGGGGGUAGGAGCUGAUCGAGCCGUCUGUGUGUCGGGUAUCAUGUCAGAUGUUCGGUCGCGUAAUGUUUCGGCUGCUACUCUUUCGCGGCAGCAAGCCGCAGAACUUUUCGCCACGAAGGUUGAGCUGCAUGUGUGUGAUUUGGGAAGCCGAUGUGAACUAGUUCAUCAGUUGGUAUGUGAUUUCAGAGAAGCGCAGUAUGCUACGCCUUGUCAGCGAGAGAGACGAGCGGAAAUGGCAGUGGUUGAUCUCCUUUGUGAAAGCAACAGAACAAUACCGCAACGUAGAACGCGCAGAUCCCCCCCUCCCCACCCCCCC